AUGACUACAUUGGACAACCUAAUCAGGUUUGUUGAUGAAUUAGACUCACGUUCUCUGACUCUUGUUGAUGCGGUUGAAGAGUCGAGUCGACUCAUUUCCAAGAUGAUGAGUUUGACUGCUGUGGCCAACGAAAAGGAUAGAGCCAUAGAACAGAUGGAGGCUCGUGUUGAUGAUAAUGCCAUGUUUCUUGAUCUGAUAGAAAGUUUAAUGGAGAAGACGUAUCUUCUUGAAUCAACAACCGAUAACAGCAUUACUACCACCACAUCUCUUAUCAACCUACAAACAGAAUACACCUAUUUGAAGACAAAAUUUACCAUGGACAAUGCCAGACAAGAUAUCAAUAUUGACAGACAGUCUAUGUCGUCGUCUAUGUCGUCUGUACCUCGAUACUCAGAUAGCAAACGACUCAGCUCUUUGUAUGGGGCUACAGACACUCUCAAUCGCAUGUUAGACUACCAGUUCCAUUCAGAAGAGCAGACAUUGUCACCACUGGCACCACCACAGCCUCGUCCUACGCUCUCCCAUCAAAUCUCGGUAUCUAAUCUUUCCUUAAAGCCGUUAAGGUGUUCCAACUCCUCCAAAAUAGACAAGAAGAAGUCCAAGUACCGAGUUUCCAAAGUGUACAACAUCAAUCCUGUGGCAUACGACAGUGUGUCGUCGGUGUUUGAUGAUGAUACAAGCUCUUCUAUUCACUUGACUCCGCAUAAGCCUAUCUACAACUUGCCUCCAGCCCGAAGACUCUUCUCCAAUGCCACAGACACAACUCUAACCACCACAAGUCAUAAUGUUAUGCUGCAACACAACGAUGAUUACAACGACAACGACGGUGGCAUGAGCGAGGCCACCACCACAGAAGACAUUUCAUUCACAUACUUUGAUAACCAUUUGAACCAGCUCAAACGUAAGUCAAAUUCGCUCCCAGAUAUUGGGACAACAUCCGACCCCCAGUUUGGCUUGUACAUCGAUCUACAACGGGGUCCAGACACAAGGAACAUGCGUAACUCUCGACUUAAGCAUUUCAUGAGCUACAACCAAUUUACAGUGCCGGAAGACCCCGAAACUGUGACAGACUUAAACAUAGAGAGCAGUGAUCACUUGGAUGCCAUCUCCAUGGUUUCCGACUUUUCAUACUAUUCUCCUGAUAAACAGCAUGACGAUGUUAACGAUGCUAUGAUCUUUGAAGACGACGAUAACUUUAAUAGGUUCUUGAGGAAAUCAAGAGUUGAUUUGAAUAAGGUAUUGCCCCGACCUAGAACCCAAAGCCACGAUAGCAUAUUCCAGGAACCAGUCGGUAUCACUACUGCAGUGGCAGUGCCAGCUGUUGCUGCUACAGUUGGUGCAACUACUGCCGAAGCUGCUACGGCUGUUACUUCAAAGUUCCAUAAUCCUAUUGACACUAUGGCCAUGACAAGUAAAGCCAAACGACUUUCACCCACCAUAGAACCGGUUUAUUCGUUGGUUAAUGGCGUACCGGAAAGCACCACUACCACCACCACCACCAAAUCUUUGCUAGAGAAGUAUAAGAGCAGUGACGAUGAUGAUAUUAAUACUUCACCUUUGAAACAUAAGACAUCAUCAGGCUCUUCAUUCCAAUUCUUCAACCUUGUUUCUCCCAGCAAGCCACAGCCAAUCAGAGCACCAGCACCAGCAUCAGCAUAUUCGUCUUCCAAAGGACAACUUUCACUUAAAGAAACCAUUUCAUUGUUAGUGAGUUCUUCUCCUGUUGCUUCAAGUUCAUUGAAUUCUACUCCUACCAAAAUCAAGCAUUUAAAGGAACAAUAUCGAUCCAAAACUAACCCCAUUCAAAUCAGAUCAGGAAGCUCUGUGAAGCGACAACCUGUUCGUAAUCCCAGAACAGAUGGAGCUCAUUCACUGCUUUCCAUUGGUCCAAACCGUACUACGUUAUUUACCCAUGGUGAUGCUUCGUUCUUCAAGAGACCAGUGGUUACAAGGUUUAAUCCGGAAGCCCUUCAAGAUGCAUUAUCACGAAGCAUAGACUAA